AGGAAAGAAAUCAAGGAACAGAGAAAUCCUGUGUCAUUAUUCUAUCUGGUUGAGCAAAUAGUUGUCUUCCGAACAACCACUCCGGGUGGGGCCCGCAGCCGACGCCUCCAAAAUCUCACCUAAUAAGCCAGCAAUCCAUCUUCCCCGUAAACCCUCCGGUGGACGACAGCGGCGGCGAGGCGGCCGUUUCCGAUUCUCAAAGUUCGCCCCCAAAACAACCCCCAAUUGAAGCAAAGAACAUAACUUUAACAUUUUCAUUUUCUUCCUAAUUCAAGGAAUUCGUAGUUAUAAUCCCUCCUACCCUAAUUCUGUCCUCUUUUAAUCGACAAGCGAUGGACGAGGUGAUGACGGUGGGGGAUGCAUCGGCCAGCGCUCGAUCCUACUCCUUGGAGCCAUCCGUCGUGCCUUCCAACCUCCCUCUUCUCACCGCUUUCCUCGCCUGCGCUAUCGCUCAAUUUCUCAAGCUUUUCACCACUUGGUUUAAGGAGAAGAGAUGGGAUUCAAGAAGGAUGCUAAGCUCCGGUGGAAUGCCGUCCUCGCAUGCCGCCACAGUUACUGCCCUUGCCAUGGCAAUUGGACUGCAAGAUGGAGCUGGGGGAUCAUCUUUUGCUAUUGCACUGGUUUUGGCUUGUGUUGUAAUGUAUGAUGCUACUGGGGUUAGGCAACAUGCUGGUCGACAAGCUGAAUUGUUAAAUCAAAUUGUUUGUGAAUUGCCUCCUGAACAUCCGGUUGCUAGUGUUAGACCUUUACGGGAUUCUCUUGGCCACACGCCUCUUCAGGUUCUUGCUGGUGCAUUUCUUGGAUGUCUAGUUGCAUACGUAAUGAGAAGAUCGAGUUAGGGGCAAGCCAUCCGGGAUGCUCUCCAGCGCGGUAUCACAUCCUUAGAUGUAAGUAGGCCCCCAAGCAAUUUAGCCUUCGGACAGAAUUUGGGGUGCGGGGGGGGGGGGGGGGGUGUGACUCCUAAUAUACCAAAAUGAAUUUAAACUUGAAAAUUAUAUAAUUACUAGAUGCUUCCUUGUUAUGUACUUUAUGCAGCAGUGUAAUGAACUACCAAGUAAUGUUACUUUGCAUUUAUUCAGAGUUUUGUCACAAAAAUUUGAUGCAGUAUAGCUACGAAUACUAGUA